AUGGCUCCUUCCAAGAACAAGAACCCUUGGGUAGAAACACCACUGAUUGAAUCUACACCUCUCUCAAAAACAGCAGGUUGGUUAGUCUUCCCGAACCCUCCAUCACUCAGAGACAACGCCAAAAGGCCAACGCGAAAAACAGCNAGAGUAUUCCUCAAACUCGACAACCUGCAACUCUCCGGCUCUUUCAAAGCACGAGGAAUAGGCUAUCUUAUGCAAUGCGCCCUCUCUGCCUCACCAAACCCAUCUACUGUCCACUUCUUCUCUUCCUCGGGAGGAAACGCCGGCCUAGCCGCCGUCCACAGUGCCGUAAAGCUAGGCAGACCAUGCACAGUAGUAGUCCCCUUGACCACAAAACCAAUGAUGCAGCAAAAAAUGCGCGCGGCAGGCGCAGCAAACGUCCUUCAACACGGCGCAAGCUGGCAAGAAGCAGACGACUACCUUCAAAACGUCGUCAUAAAGACAGCAGCAGAAAAUGGAGAAGAUUGCGUCUAUGUGCCUCCCUUUGAUCACCCUGACAUCUGGAAAGGGCAUUCCUCGCUGAUCGACGAGAUCAGCGUUCAACUGUCGCAGUUGACUGGCCAAGACAACACAGCACCAGACGUAUUGGCUUGCAGUGUAGGUGGCGGAGGUCUCUUCAACGGCAUCAUGGAGGGAGUAUCCCGCCACUCCUGGCACGCCACAAAGACACUCGCAGUGGAGACCCAAGGCGCGGACUCAUUGGCCGAAAGCGUGCGACAGAAAUCUCACAUCACGUUGCCUGCAAUAACAUCUCAAGCAACCACCCUAGGUGCCAAAAAGGUGUCGGCGAGGACCUUCGAGUUGGCCAUGCAGAAUAGUGAGCAAGUCAAGACUGUGGUGUUGAGUGACGAGGAAGCUAUGAUGGGCGCAUGGAGAUUAGCAGAGGACGAGAGAUUGUUGGUCGAGUUGAGUUGUAGUGUUACAGUGGCUCUGUGCUAUGGGGGUCGCUUGGAGAAAGCUUUGCAGCGACCAGUCUCCAAAGACGACAAGGUUGUCAUUAUCGUGUGUGGUGGCAGCAAUGUCACCAUCGACAUGGUUUCGCAGUGGAAAAAGGACUCGUUGCAUGUUGAUGCAGAGUUGAGCCAGUAG